AUGGCCGGUUCGGUUACUCCCGGCGCUCCUGGGUGGACCACCAACGGCUGGGCCUGCAAACUGCUGAAAACCUCUGGAUGUCGCGGCCCGGAAUACAAAGCCAUGGGCCAAACAUGGACGGUUCAGUCCAGGCAACUAUUGAACCAAAUGAUGGAAGUUGGAUACGAGCUCCGUAUUCACGGCCGUUCGGGACCGGGCUCGGCUCAUGUGAUCGACCGUUCGCCCUGGCUAGAAGCUGUCAAAGCCCGUCUGGAUGAGGAGUAA